AGGUGACAAGGCUGCCAGUAUGAUGCAAGCAAGACACAGGGGAACUGCAGUAGCUUUUUUUCCUUCUGCUUUUUUUUCCGAGUGUCUUUCGAUAGUGCAAAAGCAUGCUUCAUAUAAGGCUGUGGAGAGUUGUCCAACUCGUCCUUUUUCUUCACGUUAGUUUCACUUUCACUACGGUAGAAGAAACUACAAAUAGACCCUUUUUCCUUCUACUUCCACUUGAUUCAAAAACUUCUACCAAAAUCACGACAUCAGGCCCGCAGAGAGGUUGAAGCGUUAAAGAAAGCUAGAGAAGAGGCAAUAGC